AUGUCUGUAUAUCUUCAGAGUCGAGGGCUUGAACCUUACCCAUCAACCAUGUUCACCAUGCAACAACACCACUACGCUUACCAGGCGCAACAGCCUCAGCCACCCCGCCAGUAUUCCGGCCACGGAACAAGCAGUGCCUUCAGCAGCUCGGCAAACCCUGAUGAGGAUUGGACAAAGAUCUCGGAUCUGGCUGAGCGCAGAAGAAUCCAGAACCGCAUUGCCCAGCGCAAUUACAGGAAGAAGCUCAAGAAGCGCCUGGAAGAUCUCGAGAGGCGGGCCGGCACAUCAGAUGAUUCCUCGUCACCCGGAACAGAAAAGACUAGCCCAGCCAGCAAGACCACAAAACGCACACAACAACAAACUGUAAAGCCCCAAAAACAGGCCUCGGUCUCGCAGCAGAAGCAAGCACCGGCCACCAGGAAUCAGUUCACACCCCCGCUGCAUCCCGAAGACGAGUACACCUUCAGCACGUACGACGAGAGAGACCGGUCGCAUUCGCACUCGCCGCCCAUGUUCACCUACCCAUCUUACCCUCCUCCCCCCGAGGAGAUGAUGUACGCUCCCGUGCAAUCCUACCGGGCGGUGACAACAGAGGCAACCUAUCCCGAGUACUACACCACUGCGCCAGUACCGGUGACGCUUCCCUCCAUGACACACUUCAGCGACGCUAUCAAGGGUGAGCCGGGCUACCCCGGGGCGGAGGAUAAUGUUUACAUGAACUAUGGUUAUCUCUCGGGUGUCGACAUGAAUACCGGGGCUCCUUCACCAUACGACAACAUGCCUCACACUCCUCCUCUGCAACAUCCUUACGAUCACUCGGCGAGCUGCUCCGAUUCGGGCAGCUACGAGUACCCUACGACACCCUUGUCGAUGCCUGGCUCCCCGGGCAUGGGCUCGCAGCACAUGUGA